AAAAAAACGAAUGAAGGUAUUCUAGAUGAAUUUGGAGAGUAAUCAACAAGGUGAAGAUAUUCCUAAUUUCUGCGGAGUAUUGUGCUCCUGUAUACGUGGUACCGUAGGUUUAAAUAUCGCACUCACUGAUGUUGGUCACAUCUCUAAUUUGUAAUCGUCGUGUACUCCUGGUCGCGCACAGUUAUAAACAGCAAGUAAAAAUUGCAAAUUUACCCUUUCGCUACCGUUGUUAAAUUUAUUUUAAUCUCUGAAGUAAAGGGUUUUUGGCUGAAGUGUGAAACACAAAUUUCAUUUGUCAAGUCAGAGCAUUCAGAGCAGUGUAAUAAACCAAUAGAAUUGACAACUAUAGGGGUGUCUACAACUCACUCGGAAGCUGUACUACUCGUAGUAAAAAUACCUAUGUUUAACAUUCUUUUGCCAACAACAAAUUCUGCAAAAAUAAUCUCUUACGAAAAAUGAUGGCAGCCGCUAAUCAGUAGAUACACAAGAAAAACAAAAUAACUAGAUAACUGACGAAUUCUCCUUGGGAACCUUCAAUAACCCUUCAAAAUGUCAUCGACCACCCGAAAGAAAAGUACAACAAAAAAUGUACCUGGUGCGACAUUUAAUACCGUAGAAGGAGAAAAGAAAGAUACUGCAAAUGAAGGUAGUGAUUUGGGAUUUAGUGACAGCAGCGCCAAUCACUACAUCGAAGAUAACUCCAAGACCAUCAACAUCCUUCUUCUUGGCGAAACCGGCGUAGGCAAAUCCACAUUCAUCAACGCCUUCGCCAACCACCUGAACAGCGAAACCUUCGACGAGGCCAUAAAAAAGGAAACAGUUGUCCUUAUACCAACACACUUUACAAUCUACGACGCGAAUAAAGAUGUGAAAACCAUAGAAGUGGGCAAAGAUGACAAUGAAAAACAACAAGUAGGUUCGUCGGCCACCCAGUCAGUUAAAAUGUACCUAUUCCCAGCGGACGACAGACUCAUCCGCCUGAUCGACACUCCGGGGUUUGGGGACACCGAGGGAGUGGAAAAGGACGAACAACACUGCGAAGAAAUUUUAGCCUAUCUGGACCAGCUGAAACAUAUAAACGCCAUCUGUUUAUUAAUGAAACCUUCGAACGACAGGAGCACGAUAUUUUUUCAAUAUUGCCUGGAACGGAUCUUGUCGCAGUUUCACAAGAGCGCCUGCAAGAACGUGGUUUUUCUGUUCACGAACACCAAAAGCAGUGAUUACACCCCAGGUUCCACGCUGCCCAUUUUGUUAGACUUGACGACAAAAAUCACAAAGAAUAUUUGCAUAUCGAAGGCGAACACUUUUUGUCUCGACAACGAAUCUUUUAGACUGUUCCUGACGUUAGAGAACAAAGUAAAUUUGGCGAAAACGACGAUGGAAAGCUGUCGGACCAGCUGGACAACUUCUUACCAGGAAAUUCAGCGAUUCAUGGCUUACGUUAUAGCACUGGAGCCGCAUGACGUAAGGCACACCGUCAGCAUUAACAAAACGAGGCAUUUGGUUCUUGGAUUAUCGAAACCAUUGUCCGACAUUUUUCAGCUCUUGCAACAAAAGAUCAUGGAACUCGAAAAAAAAGAGGAAGAUUCAGAGAACACAGACUUAAGCAUCACUGAACUAAGGGAAAAACUAAAUACACCAACCGUCGACUUGGAAGUAAUUAGUCUCGACCAUCCGGUUUUGGUUUGUACAAACCUGAGUUGUAUAGAUCAAGUCAGGGUCGGAAACAUAACAAAGUUUCGGUAUAAAACGAAAUGUCUGGAUCCGUGUUGGAUAGGAAAAAUUAACUACGAAAAAGUGGGACACUGGAGUCUCAGGUUUUGCAGCAAAAUUGGUUUUUUUGAUUUUAUUUGUAAACACUGCAAAUGUUCUGGUUCGCAGCACAUGAAUAUCUACUACGAAACUGACAUUGUGAUAAAGCAGAUCGUGGACAAAAGUGUGCAGACGAAUAUUACGAGCAAAAAAAAAGAGCUCGAAGAGCUAACCGAACUCAUCAAGAGCUUGGUGCAGGAAAAGCACGAACUCAUCGAGGAGGAGCAGUACAUCAGCGAGUGUACUGCGAAGUUUGCGCAUUUUUUGGAAAACAAUCUCAUCACAACUGCAUAUGAUACUUAUAGGGAGUACCUCAACUUAUCACUUAAAAGAGAGAGGCAUCUUGGAGGCAAAGAUAAUUUCGAAGUCGUUCACAAACUAUUGACAGCUUUAGAAAACCACGAUAAAUUGAUAAAGUUUCUUAAGGAGAAUAAGGAACAUCAAGACGGAAAAAGGAUCACUGCCAAAAGCAUAGAAGAUGAUAUUGAAAAACUUUUUAAGCUGAAGCACAUGGGGCCCAAAAUUCAAGAAAUUGUCGAUGCAAGAACAAAGUGCCUUCAGAAUGGAAUUAAAGUAAAGCUCACGUCUGUUUUCACUAAAAAAAUUCCGCCCUGGUUUCUCAAUAAAGCCAAGAGAGCGAUAUCUUAUGUUGAGAGAAAGUACAACUCUUUGGAAUUAUUCAAAUCUGAUGAGGCAGCACAAGACUGCAGAAUGGAUUAUACUCACAGCACAAAUUUUCCUGGAUAUCCCCAACAAAGAGAAAACAUGCGCAGCAAGAGUUUCAGGAGCCUCGGCGCACGUCCUCAACAGCCUGGAUAUCCCCAACAAAGAGAAAACAUGCGCAGCAAGAGUUUCAGGAGCCUCGGCGCACGUCCUCAACAGGAAGUGCUAAAAGAGAAAAUAUCCAAGGACUCAAAAUCCCACCACGGCAGCUACAACGCGAUUUUAACCGACGACGAUUCCGAUUCGGCUUAACCGUCUUCUAAUGAUAGAAACGAGAGAAAAAAAUCGAGCAAAGGCGUCAGCAAGGAACAUCACUCGACUAGCGUAAAAAUGGUUUGAAAUUAUAUAGAAAGCCGGUUUCUGAGCUAACUUUAAGAUAAAUUUUAUAAAGUAAUGAUAAUGAUAAAGGUUUCAAAAUUAA